AUGGCCACUGCUACGAAUAUCUGCAUCACCCCAGAGCAUGUCGGCAUCUUCGGCACAUCCGGUCUCAAUCAUGCAUCUGCCCGCAAGGUCAGCGAGGUGCUGCAGCAUGAUAUGGAAAACCACCAUGUCUAUCUCAACAUGAUCCAAUUUCACAACCAUAUCGUCCAUUUGAUGCUCACCAUCUGGGCCCUCGGAGCCUCACCCGAAACUAUUCAAGUACAAUACGACCGUGAAGAUAAACGCCAACGACCCGUAUUUCCACGGAACGAAAACUACCCGAAUUACCUCGCCUCCUUCCAGCGCGAGAUCGAUACCAAGGGCGUUCCUGAGGUUAUGAACGAGUAUCUCUUCAGCGGCGACAGAUUGGCUGAAUCCCUGCUUUCACGGAUGUUUGCGGGACUUGUGCAUCCGAUUAUUCACCUGGGUUUUGGAAUUGAGUUCCAGCAGCCUGCGAUUAUUGCUCAGGCUUUUGCGCAAGCGUCGGUGCAUGAGGAUUACCUAGGCGAAGCCUUUUUUAUUCCUGCUGAGGAAACUGCCGGAGGCCUUGGUCUGCGCGGGGAUAAGACACUGGUUGAGAUAAUAGACCAAAUGCGGACUGACCAGAAGGUCAAGGCAGGGCCCACCACGGAGACACGGAUAGAUUCGUGGAUGGUCUGUUGA